AUGCCAGACUUUUGUGCAGUCUACGGAUGCUCCAAUCGCCAUAGUCUCAAAACGAGAGCCCGUGGGAUCACCUUUCACCUGUUUCCCACAACCGGAAAGAUGAGGAGGCAGUGGGAACUUGCCCUAAGAAGGGACGGUUUUGUUGCCUCUGACAGGACACUGCUCUGCAGUGAGCACUUCAGGAGUGAGGACAGAACGGGGCAGAAUGUCCGACUUAAAGAUGGUGUUGUGCCAAACAUUUUGAACUUUCCAGCUCAUCUUCAAAGGCUGGUAGCAACAAGAAGCACAACCACCUCUGGAAGAGUGGAAGACAACCUGUCAAUGGACUUGUCUCAGGAUGUACCUCAGCCUGAUGUUGGAGCCACUGGAGAGAGGAGUUUGAGCCGCAAGCGGCAGGCCACUGACCACUUGUAUGCAUUGCCUGCUUGCCCUAAGGCUAUAAAGGCCAAACUUGAAGAAGCCUCAGCGAGAGUGAGGAAACUGAAGCGGGAGAAGAGUAAUGCCUUGAGGAGAGAAAAGAGGGCCAAGAUGAACAUGCGGGUUCUUCUGGAGGAACUGAAGGAGAGAAAUCUCAUCAACGAAGAGCUAAGAGUCAACCCUGAAUGCUAUUCAGAUCUUCCAGUUCAUCUCCUGUCGAGGCAGGGCAUAGAGUACACCAAGCCCCAGAGAGAUUUUGCCCUUACGCUCCAUCUGCAUGGUCCAAAGGCAUAUCACUACCUGAGAGAUACCCUGCAUAUUCACCUGCCACAUCCCAGUUCAUUGCAAAGGUAUUUUUCAUGA